UAAAAAUGGAAAAAUCUUCUCCUUUGGCCCAAUCAGUCACUUUACAAAGCUUCGAGAUUGAAAAAUUGAUUUUCGAGAGGAACAGAACAGUUGAGAGCAUGCUCUUCAAAAGCCAUUGUUUCAAUUGUUUUAUAGACAAAGUUUAUUUUGAAGAAUCAAAUUCUAGCUCUGAGCGAGAGCAGAUAUCCUUUGCAAAUUCUAUUUGUUUAAAUCAUUUUUCAGGUUUGGUUUUUACAAAGAAGAUGCCCUUUCUCAAUUUUUUUGCAGUACAAGGCCUUGGCUUCUGGGAAAGUAAGAAAAAUAAAGACCUAGAGAAUUUCCUCUACACGUCAUUUCCCUCUGUAGUAGAUUUAUUCUGAAUACGCAGGGCAAGCGAGAAAGUUUAUAAUAUGUCUCUUUGCUUUUCAGGAAUUAUCAGAAAUAGUUCAAGAGUUUGAAAUCAGAUAGUACUUGAGAGAUUUUGGAUUAACCAUAAACAGCUUAAGAGACUCCUAGCUUCUUACAGUCAUGUGAAAAGAAUGAGACUCUGGUCCUGUAAAAUUUCAGUGCCUACUCCUCUGAGAUUCUCCGGAUUAUUAAGAGAUUCAAAAAUAAAUGAAUUAGAUUUUAAUGGUUCAGGAAACAAAGAAUAUUCUGAUUGGGGGAACAAUCUUGAGCAAUUCAGGAAUUUAAUAAUAGGAUUGGCGACUUAUCCAGGAUUAAAAACAAGUCUCAAUAGAAUAUGCCUUAGUUUCAGUAGAAUUAAGGAUGAAGAUGCCAGAAUAAUUCUUACAGAAGGAGGACUUGAAAAGGUGAAAAUAUGGUAUUAA